CAAAGAGCAAAAGAAACGUGGGAGAGUUUGUGCCCAUAAAUAACUUUGAUCGCACCAUUUUAACUUCCACGAACACAUCCAUUUUCUCUCAUUAACCCACCCACUCCUCCCUUAAAUACACAAUUCCCAAAUCUUAAUUAUCAUCUCAAACUGUUUUAAUUUAUUUAUUUUUUUCCAUUCUUUUUCCGUCGUGGUACGGUGGUGCUAAUGGCUACCAUUCCUCAUUCCUCCAUUCUUUUCUUCUCCAUCUCUCUAUUUGCUCUCGGAAUUACAGUGGUAUCGGCAACUGUUUUUACGCUGAAUAACGCAUGCAGUUACACGGUGUGGCCGGGAUCUCUUUCCGGCAACGGAGCCGCCCUCGGCGGCGGAGGCCUUGCACUUGCACCUGGCGAAAGCGUCCAGCUACAAGCCCCUGCCGGGUGGUCGGGCCGCUUCUGGGCUCGAACCGGCUGCAAUUUUGACGACAACGGCAACGGGAAUUGCGUCACCGGCGACUGCGGCGGCGCACUCCGAUGCGUUGGCGGCGGCGUGCCGCCGGUGACUCUGGCCGAGUUCACCAUCGGCGGUGGGAAUGGGGAGAAGGACUUCUACGACGUCAGCCUCGUUGACGGCUACAACGUCGGCCUCGGAAUUCGCCCUUCCGGAGGCUCCGGCGACUGCCAGUACGCCGGCUGCAUGUAUGACGUCAACGGAAACUGCCCCGGCGAGCUCCAGGUGAGGGAUUCCGCCGGUUCGGUCGUGGCGUGCAAGAGCGCGUGCGCACAGUUCGGCACGCCGGAAUUUUGCUGCACCGGCGAACACUCGACGCCGGAAACAUGCCCGCCGACGGGUUAUUCCCGGGUUUUCAAGAACGCUUGCCCGUCCGCUUAUAGUUACGCAUACGAUGACGCUUCGAGCACGUGCACUUGUGCCGGUUCGGACUAUGUGAUCACCUUCUGUCCUAACAAUUGAUCAUCGAUUAUUCACCUUGAUUUUUUACCAUCAAUAACCUUAAUUCAUCUUUUAUUGCUCAUUUUUGUGAGAAUAAAUUAUUACUCCCUCGAUCUUCUCAGACACUAUUCACAGGGUCAAACUUUACUCACUUUGUUUGCUCAUUUUUAUUAGUCAUUUCGUAAAAUAAUAUAGUCGUGUAACCUCU